GAGUGAACAGUUCCGUCAAGUUGAAUGAUUCGAUACAACUCUAAUCUGGACGCGUGCUGUUCUUUAUACAGAAAAAUUGUGGAAAAAGUGCCGAGAUAAAUUAUUUAAAAGACUACUGACAAAUUCUAAAUAUCCAAAAGAGAAUUGCCGCCAUCUGAAUCAGCACCAUGUCGAACACAGACGUGCAGUACAAUCCAGGUUUCACUCAGAAUGAAGACAACAAUGAGGACUAUAACGACGACAAUGAUCAGCAACAGGAGAAUGACGAGCAGUACGAUAAUGAAGAUAACGAUGGUGAUGAUGACUCAAGUGUGAAGAUCGGGAGCGUGGGGGAGAGUCCCAAAUUCAUAAGAUUACGCGGUCUACCCUGGUCGGCAACGCACAAAGAGAUUCUCGACUUUUUGGUCAAUGUGGAAGUGCUCAAUGGCUCGCAGGGCAUACAUUUGGUCACCAGCCGUGUGGAUGGCAAGAAUACGGGAGAGGCUUACGUCGAGGUUGCCAGCCAGGAUGAUGUCGAGGAGGCACGCAAGCUAAACAAAGCUAGCAUGGGUCAUCGGUACAUUGAGGUAUUCAUUGCAACGCCCAAGGAGGCAAAGGAGGCUAUGCGCAAAACAGGCGGUCAUGGUCAUUCGUUUGUUGUUAAGCUUCGUGGAUUACCCUACGCUGUCACAGAGCAACAAAUCGAGGAAUUCUUCACCGGGUUGGAAAUCAAAACGGAUCGGGAGGGCAUACUUUUUGUUAUGGACAGAAGGGGUCGUGCAACUGGGGAAGCUUUUGUUCAGUUCGAAAGCCAGGAUGACACUGAGCAAGCCUUGGGCCGAAAUCGGGAAAAAAUUGGGCACAGGUAUAUUGAGAUAUUUCGCAGCUCCAUAGCUGAGAUGAAACGAGCCACGGGCGGUGGAGGUAUCGGAGGACGACCGGGACCUUAUGAUAUACGUGAUCGCGGUGCCAAUCGUGGCGGUAACGAUUUCGGCGGACGCAAUGACUGGGGAAACAACAGCAACUUUGGCGUGGGCGCCAAUAAUAUGUUGGGUUUUAACAAUUUACCCAGUUUAAUGAACUCGGGUAAUUUUGGAAAUAAUUCCGGGGGCGGCGGAGGUGGUGGAGGUGGCGGCGGCAACAACGGCAAUUUUGGUCAAAACGCUGGUAACUUUGGCAAUUUUGGCAACGAUUUUGGCGAUUUUAACAAUUUUGGAAAUAAUCGCAACAACAAUGGCAACAAUUUCGAUAUGCCAGGAAAUUUUGGCAAUGGUGGCGGCGGCGGCUUUGGCAAUUUUGGCAAUAACUCUGGUGGGGGCGGUGGAGGCAAUGGUUUUAACAAUGGAAGUGGUGUUGGUGGCUUCAGCAGUGGGGGAAACGGCGGCGGUUUCAACAAUGGCGGCAACUCUGGCGGGUUCAACGGCGGCGGCAGCGGUUUCGGGAGCUUUCCAAACAGUUCCGGUGGUGGAGGCUUUAACAAUGGCGGAGGCGGGUUCAACAAUGGUAUAGGUGGCUUUAACAACGGCGGUGGCAGCUUCAACAAUGCAGGCGGCGGCUUCAACAAUGGUGGUGGCGGUUUCAGCAAUGGUGGCAACUUCGGAUCGGCAGGUGGAAAUUUCGGACCCAUUGGAGGCGGUCGUAACAAUGAUGUGGAGUAUUACACAAUUCAUAUGCGUGGUCUGCCCUAUAAUUCAUUCGAAAAUGACGUCUUCAAGUUUUUCGAUCCCGUACGCCCGGCCAACGUGCGCAUCAACUACAAUAAGAAAGGCCUGCACAGCGGAACCGCUGACGCCUAUUUUGACACGUACGAUGAUUCGCAGUUGGCCAUGAAACGACAUCGCGAGCAAAUGGGAUCUAGAUACAUUGAGCUCUUCUAUGAUGGAAAGACACGCGGCGGUGUUAAUAUCGGUGGCGGUGGUGCUGGUGUUGGAGGUGUCGGUGGCAGUGUGGGCAUUGGAGCUGGCAAUAAUAGUGGUGGCAGUGGCGGCGGCGCCGGGGGCGGUGGAGGAUUUUCACGACGUAUUUAAACGCUUCCUUUUACAUUAAUUCCAUAAAUAUUCAUACGUUGAUGUAAACGCAAGUAUUUCAUAAGUUUGUAGACCACAUUUAUACGGCGUACAACUGUCGAACGCACCAUAACACAUAUAACGAUGUCCAGAGACCAUGUCCCUAGUGCAAAGAAUUGCGAUUUCAAUUCUAAAAAAAAAAAACAACACACCCAAACAUACGCAUCUUUUAAAUAAUUUAAGCAAAAAUGUAUCUACAAUCUAGACGGCCCCCGUCACUCAAAUAGAAAUAUAACAGGGCAACUGGAAUAGGAAAAUACAAAUGUCAAUUUUAUUUUAUUUUCUCAAUCAAUGAUCCUGACAUGACAACAACAAAAAUGAAAUUGUAAACAUCUAUUAUACA